GUGGCUCGCGACUUUUGUCAUCAUGCUCUACCAAUACGCGUUGAUAACGCACUGUUUUCCUGCGCUCUGAUUGGUCGGCGCGAGGGCGUGCGCGCGCCGCCCGCCAUUUAUAUAAAAAGCGCAAACGUCAGAGAUCGCCAGGCAUUCCCGCUUGAAGCGUCUCGCGGCGCGUUCGCGUCACUCCGCAUAAUCUAUACCUGUUCACGUGUACCUUAUCUAAUAACUGGAUCUCACUAUUUUUAGAAACAUAAAGACUGAAUAAUUUAAGGUUUUAUUUUAAAUAACUCAACUACUUAAAAUGGCGUACCUGCAAUCCAUGCCGAAGGCUGAGACCAUCAAGCUGCGUGAAAAGCACGUCGGGGCGGCCUGCCAACUGUUCUUCCGUUCAUCCCCGCUCAAGAUCGUGAGGGGGAUCGCCCAGUACAUGUACGAUGAGACUGGGGAGAGGUAUCUAGACUGCAUCAACAAUGUUGCUCAUGUGGGCCACUGCCACCCUCACGUGGUUGAGGCCGGCCGCAACCAGAUGUCGCUGAUCUCCACCAACAACCGCUACCUCCAUGAUGAGCUGGUGAUUCUGGCUGAGCGACUGGUCAAGACGAUGCCUGAACCACUCUCCGUAUGCUUCUUCGUCAACUCUGGGUCUGAGGCCAAUGACCUGGCUUUGAGACUGGCUAGAAUACACACCAACAGGGAAGAUGUCAUCACGCUUGACCACGCGUAUCACGGGCACCUAACCUCGAUGAUUGCCGUGUCGCCCUACAAGUUUAACCUCCCGGGGGGGCCCGCUCAGCCUGACUGGGUACAUGUGGCGCCAGUCCCAGACGUGUACCGCGGCAAGUUCACCUGCCCCAGAGACUCCACCAGUGAAGAGACCCUGGGCCUCAUGUACGCAGGCGAAGUGGAGAAGAUCUGUGAAGACGCGAAGGCUAGACGCGGUGGUGUCUGUGCGUUCAUUGCCGAGAGUUUACAGAGCUGUGGUGGACAGGUCAUACCGCCUGAGGGGUACAUGAAGAAGGUUUACGAAAACGUCCGCAACGCCGGCGGCGUCUGCAUAGCUGACGAAGUGCAAGUGGGCUUCGGCCGAGUGGGCACCCACAUGUGGGCAUUCGAGACACAGGGUGUUGUCCCCGAUAUCGUGACCAUGGGCAAGCCCAUGGGCAACGGACACCCUGUAGCUGCGGUUAUAUGCACGCCGGAGAUAGCUAAGAGCUUUGCGGAUACCGGCGUGGAGUAUUUUAACACGUACGGCGGCAACCCAGUAUCCUGCGCCAUCGCGAACGCAGUCCUAGACGUGAUAGAGACAGAGAACCUUCAAGAAAAGGCUCUCCGAGUCGGCUCAUAUUUACUCGAGCGGUGCGAGUCAUUGAAACACAAGCACUCAUUGGUCGGCGACGUGAGGGGGCGUGGCCUGUUUGUGGGCGUGGAGCUGGUGACCAAUCGCGACGAGCGGACGCCCGCCACGGCUGAGGCGAAACAUGUUGUUAACAGAAUGCGCGAAGAGAAGAUCCUGAUCUCGCGCGACGGGCCUGACGCCAACGUGCUCAAGUUCAAGCCCCCUCUAGUCUUCACAACGCACGACGCCGACCGCCUUGUCGACACCCUAGAUAGGGUGUUGGGAGAGCUGGAUGGCGGCAGGAUGCCCAGUGGGAGCAUCAAACUUGAGGUCACCGUCACUCCCAUCAGUGAUAACAUGGAGAAGAGCAAUGAGACUGCUGUAAAAACGUCUAUAAAACAAUCUAUUAAAAGUAUGUGAUAUAAAUUAUUUGUAAAUUAAUAUUAUUUGUAUAGAUCAUAGUUAUUUUAGGUUAUUUGCUCUAGCUGCUUUGGCUGUGAAUCUAAAUUCAACUUCAUGGAAAUUUAUGUAAAUUCAUUAUUUCAUAACUCUGUCACUUUAAAGUAUAGUGAAAAGGCAAAUUUUUGAAUAUUUAAUAAUCUCACACAAAUUUUUGCAGAUAGGACAUUAUGUAGGAGUGCAGAAAUGUAAAAUUGUAAAUAGUUAUCGUUAUUUUUAAGCUAGUAUAACGAAUAUUAUUAGUAUUAACACUAGGCUAAGCUAAAUUUACUAUUUUAUGUUUUGAAAUUCCAUUUUGUAAAUCUAUGUUCAUAUUCAAGAUUGGAUGAAAAAUAAACAAAUAUUGAAAUAACUAGA